ACUUUCAGCUCCGCCAAUCGGUUCCAGCACGAGCACAAACAACCCUACGUGUCAGUCUCAUGCGUCGGUGUAAAUACAGAGUUUUUUAAAAUUUGCGGCGUGCAAAUCUCGCAAAAUUUCGCAGCAGCAACAGCUCCUGCCCCCUUUUGACCAACCGCCGGUCCAAGCAGUUCGCCGCCCGUUGACCAAAAACCUACGGGGAGCAGCGAUUCAAACGAUAACUCCAACGCGACAGCAACAUCAGCUGGAGCUGCCGGAAGGGAAAGCGGAAAGGAAAGGAAAGGCUAGAGCCAGACAAAAUACUAAAUAUAUAUAGUCGCUUUCGGAGAUGGCGGGUCAAAAGUUCCAGUACGAUGAGAGCGGCGGAACGUUCUACUACUUUGUGUUAUCGUUCUUGGCAUUAAUAUUGAUACCGACCACCAUUUACUAUUGGCCACGUAAAAAGAAAGAAGACCACGGCAAGCUUAAGGAGGAAUGCCAGUGCCCUGACUGUCUCAAAAAGAAGAAUAUUUUGGCCAAUGCCGAGCCUUACAGGGCUUUGACAUCAUGGACCAUCAAGCUAACCAUCGUUCUGGGAUGGGCAUUGCUGCUAUUCCUCACGUACCGCGUCUCGCAGUUCGACUACGAGAUGGCCAGCUUCGAUCCCUUCGAGAUCCUGAACGUGCCGCCCACUUCGUCGCAGGCUGAGAUAAAAAAGGCCUAUUACCGACUUUCCAAGGUGCUUCAUCCUGACAAAGAGACGGGUGACGAGAAGUCCUUCAUGAUGCUGAGCAAGGCAUACCAGGCGUUGACCGAUGAUGUGGCCAAGGAGAACUACGAAAAAUAUGGUAAUCCAGAUGGACCGGGCGCCAUGUCCUUUGGCAUCGCUUUACCGUCGUGGAUCGUAGAAAAGGAGAACAGUGUUUGGGUUUUGGGUCUGUACGGUCUGGUCUUCAUGGUGGCCAUGCCCUCAGCUGUAGGCGUUUGGUGGUACCGGUCCAUCCGCUUUAGCGGCGAUAAGGUUCUGCUGGACACCACCCAGAUGUACUUCUACUUUAUUCACAAGACGCCGCACAUGCUGCUUAAGCGAGCACUUAUGGUAUUGGCAGCCAGUUUAGAGUUUGACAAGCGCCACAACUCGCAGGUGCAGGAGCGGCAGUCGGACAACGAUGAAGUACCAGCGCUUAUUCGGCAGCUGCCCAAUCUGAACGAGAAAUGUAAGGAGCAUCCGCUGUGCCGCAUGUACUCCAUCAAGGCUCGAGCCAUCUUGCAUGCUCAUCUCAGUCGCAUGCCCCUUAAUCCAGAAACUUUGGAGCGUGACCGGCAGUUUGUGGUAAAAAAGUGCCCGUAUCUGGUUCAGGAGAUGGUCUCCUGCGUCCACCAGUUGGUAAUGAUGGCUUAUGCCCGACGUGUGCCCCGCCUGCCAAGCAUCGAGACUAUUGAAAACUGCAUGAAGAUGUCGCCGAUGAUUAUCCAAGGACUUUGGGAGUUUAAGUCGCCGCUCCUGCAGCUUCCCCACCUCACCGAGGACCAUUUAUACUUCAUGAACAAAAAACGGCACGUCAAAAACCUGCAGCAAUUUGCCCAAUUAAAACCGGAGGAGAGUCGAGUGCUGCUGAAGAACCUUUCAGACUUUGAGUACGAGAACACCAUGAAAGUGCUCGGCAAGAUGCCUCUGAUUGAUUUUUCCAUCCGUUGCGAGGUAAUCGAUGAUGAGAAUACCAAUGUAGUGACCGCUGGGGCCAUAGUUACAGUCACGGUUACGUUGGAGCGCAAGGACAUGAAGACGUUAUUUGGAGACACGAAGGCGCCCGAGAAGCAAGGUAUCAAGGAUGAGAACAACGAAGAGGCUGCAGGAGAUGAGGACGAGGCAGCAGCUGCUUUGCCGGCUAAGAAAGUAUCUGCAUGGGCAAAACCACGUAAGGGGGGCAAGGGAAAGGGUGGCAAGAAACCAGCCCAGAACCAGAAAAACAACCAAAAAAAGGCUCCGGCUAAAGUUGCGGCAACAGCUACAGGCGCCUCUACCGAGGAUCAAGCUGCAGCGAAUUCUGAUGCCGAAUCAGAGGCCGGUAAUGCUGAUGGUAGCGAUGUUGAAUCAGCUGCCGGCAGUGGCAGUGAGGAUGAGGAGAAGGGCAAGAACAACUCUUCGUUGGACGAUGAUGAUGACGAGGAGUGGGAGCGACUGCAAGCUAAGCUUAAUAAAAGGGAACGUCUCGAGGGCAAAUCCCGCCUGUCGCACACCGUCCACUGUCCCUACUUCCCCGAGGAGAAGCAAGAGUACUGGUGGACUUACAUCUGCGACCGAAAAUCACGCACCCUGCUGACGGCCCCCUAUCAUGUGACCAAUCUGGUCGAGAAGGAGGAGAUCCAGCUAAAGUUCACAGCGCCGCGCUGGCCCGGCGUCUACACGUUCACCGUGUGCCUGAGAUCGGACUCCUAUUUGGGCAUGGAUCAGCAGCAGGAGCUGAAACUGGAUGUGCAAAAGGCGCCCGCACCACCGACAGACCAUCCCCAAUGGGACCUGAGCGAAUCGGAGCCGGAACACACCGAUCAGCAGGAGAACCUGAGCGACUACACCACAGACACGUCCGAUGAGGAGGACAGCGACUAGAUCUAGAUUGAUAGGAAGGAUGGACGUCCCGAACCCCAAUCAACCUCAACCUCCUCUCUAUUUCUAUGGGACGGAAGAAAAGCGUUUUGUUUUCCUUUUAGUAAAUGAGUUUCGCGUGGCGGAGGAGGCACACCAAUGCGACCCUUCCUUCGCAUUUUUACUAGUUUUGUAAUGGAAAAGACCCCGAACUAGUGCGUAAAUAACUAUAACUUCAUUUUACCGUGUACUGUACUAAACAUAAUUAUAAUGUACUGUAUAUUUAAUUAUUUGGAUACAAGAACUAAAAGUGAGACACGUAAAUACAAAAGUCUAUUGAUAUUACUA